CUCUCGGAGCCUCUGCACCCACCGUAUCUCGUUGCCUCUCGCCGAGACGAUCGUCGCGAGCAGCAAGUAGUUGAGAUCAAGCCGCCGCCGCCGCCGCAGUCUUCUUCUUCGUCUCCGACAGGAGGAGCGGCCGGAGCUGGCUAACCUGGAUCAGCUGGAGGGCGGGUUCGCCUCCGCGCGCGGGCACGAGACCGAGGAGCAGCGCAACAAGUUCCUCGUGCUCCGCCUCUACGAGGCGCUCAACGGCCGCGACCACGCCGCCGUCCACUCCCUCCUCGCCCCCGACCUCGAGUGGUGGUUCCAUGGCCCGCCCGCGCACCAGCACAUGAUGCGCCUCCUCACCGGCUCCAGCUCCCCGUCCUCCUCCUCCUCCUUCCGCUUCGAGCCGCGCUCCGUGGACGCCUUCGGCUCCACCGUCAUCGCCGAGGGCGUCUCGGCCGCCGGCGAGGACACCAAGGCGGCGUACUGGGUGCACGCGUGGACCGUGGGCUCCGAUGGGGUGAUCACCCAGCUCCGCGAGUACUUCAACACCGACCUCACCGUCACCCGCCUCGCCGCCGCCGCCGCGUCCAAGUGCGUCUGGCAGAGCCGCCGCCCCGACCGCGCCCGCAACUCCCUCCCCGGCCUCGUCCUCGCCCUCUAGCCGCCCAAGCCAAGCCAAAGCCAAGCUGGACGACGCCCACCACUUGGGCUUGGGCGUACGCAUGGGCUGACGUUGCUUCUUCAAUUCUUCUUCAUCCCCUGCUCUGCUCUCCCUAGCCUGUUGUUUCUUGUUUGCGUGUCUGGUGAACGUACGUAGUAUAGCUGAAUAGCCGAUCGAACCGGCCGGUGAUGGCGACGCCGCGCCGUCAUGGCGGCUGCGUCUUCACUGCUACUGCUUGUAUGUCUUCGUGGUUGCUGUCAUGGUGUGAUAAUAAUAAUAAUGGACGUUUGCUUGUACUGGA